GUUUUUCCCCUGUCAAAAGAAUGACUUCUCCCCUCUGUUUCUCCUUCUGACUGCUCUGUCUCCUUCCUCAUCCUCCUUGAAAAACCAUUCACAUCUCUCUCUCUGUCUCUCAACACCAUCUUCUCUGCAAAAACUCUGUAUUACAAUCCUCUCUCUCUCUCUCUCUCUCUCUCUCUCUCUCUCUCUCUCUGUAUUCUGUACAGUACAUAUUGAUCGUCAUCUCCAAUGGCAGCCAACAAGUUUGCGACCAUGGUUCACAGGAACACCAACAAGAUGACGCUCAUUCUGAUCUACGCCAUCCUUGAAUGGACCCUGAUCAGCCUCCUCCUCCUCAACUCUCUCUUCUCUUACAUCAUCGUCCGCUUCGCCGAUUACGUCGGCCUCAAGAGGCCCUGCCUCUUGUGUUCCAGGCUCGAUCACCUGUUCGAGCCCGGCAAGACCAAGCUCCAUCACAGAGGCCUUGUCUGCGAGAGCCACGCCAGCGAAAUCUCCAGGCUGGUCUACUGCUGCAAUCACCAGAAGUUAGUAGAGCUCCAAGACAUGUGCGAGGAUUGCUCGUCCUCUUUGCAAAUCGGCCCGACUAAGAAUGAUGAUGAUGAGAAGGUGAAGUGUUGUUGCUGCUGUGGAGCGGGCGUGGCGAAGAAAUCCCACUUCUCUCCCUGUGCUUCAAUCAAGUCUUGUUCCGAUAAUCUUGAUGAUACCCAAAAGGGAUAUUUUGUUACAGAGGCAGAGGAUGGCGAGGAUGGAGAUUUUGGGAGCGGAUCGGAGUUGUUUGUGAAGGAAGGCACUCAGGGGAUUGAAGAAACUGCCAGAUUUGUGGUGGUUUCUGAAGAUUGUCAAGUAUAUGGGAAUGUUAAGGUGGAGCCAGAGGAGGAGGACGACAAGUCUUCGUCGCCUUCAUCAGAAUCCGGUGUCAAGGAAAUGGUGGAGAAUGACGAUGGGAAGGUCGAACUGGUGGCUGAGAAGGAGUGCGAAGUCAUUGCCGAGGAUGAUAGGAAUGUGUUCAUUGUUGAGAGGCAUGUGUCUGAUGAGACAGAUCAGAGCAUGCUUCAGUUCGGUGGCGGAAAAGGCCAAUCGGCGGCCAUCACCGAGCUCUCGUCUCGCCACUUGGAGUUUGUGGAGGUUUCUGAAUAUUGUCAAGCAUAUGGGGAUGUUAAGGUGGAGCCAAAGGAGGAGGAGAACAAGUGUUCAUCGCCUUCGUUAGAGUCUGGUAUCAAAGAAAUGGUGGAGAAUGAGGAUGGGAAGGUCGAACUGGAGAUUGAGAAGGAGCGCCGAGUCAUUUCUGAGGAUGAUAGAAAUGUUUUCAUUGUUGACAGCCAUUUGUCUUAUGAGACUGAUCGGAGCAUGCUUCAUAUCCGUCGCAGAAAAGGCCAAUCAAAGGUUGGCACUGAGCUCUCGUCUCACCACUUGGAGUUUUACAUCGGAAACAAUGACUGUGAGUUGAUUCCGGUGGAACUGAAAGGGCUGUACACAAUCAGAGAGGAAGAUCAUGAAAACUGUGAACAACAGGAUGUCAUUUUGGACUUCUGCUCCUCUCCUGGGAAGCAGAUUGAGGUUGUGGAAAAUAAGAUUGAGGGCAAUUCGGUUGAGAGUGAAAGUUUGAUGUUAGAAUUCGAAACCAAGGAGCUCAAAAAGAUCGAUGCUUCCGAAGCUGCAGAAUUGGAUGAGAAUGUCUCAAAUCAUAAACAAGAAAAGGAAAGCAUCCAGCAAGUUGCUGUUACUCAAGCAACCGGGACUUUCGAGGUGGGAAGUGAGGAAGUUCUUCAAGGAACUGUAGAAACGGCUGGAGGAUUCGAAAGUUCAGAUUUUCACCCAGGAGCCGAAGAGGAGUGUAAUUCACAGAACGACGAGACCGAUGCAGAGAUUUCAAUCGGGACGGAGAUUCCUGAUCAAGAAACAGUCGAUGAGAUUCAUACUGAAGAAUCAUUCCAUUCGUUUCAGUGCACACAGGAAGAUCCUUCUACUAGAUAUGACAUUCUCAGUGCUGAUUUCGAUCACGGGUUUAUGCAAACUGACGGAAAUAUCGAAUUCCAAACUGUCUCGCUUGGAGUGAGCGAGCAAGAAGAUAAUGGUCAAUUACGAUCGUGUAUGGAGAGUAAUGAGAAUAUUGAAGAUGAGAAAAUGCCGGAUACACCCACUUCCAUUGAUAGCCUGCAUAGGAGAUUACUACUUCUGGACAGGAGAGACUCAGGAACGGAAGAUUCUAUAGAGUCGUUGGACGGGAGCGUGAUCAGUGAUAUUGAAGGUGGUGAAGGAACUCUCACCGUUGAGAAGCUGAAAUCGGCAUUGAGAUCUGAAAGGAAGGCCUUACAUGCAUUAUAUGCAGAACUUGAAGAAGAGAGGAGCGCUUCUGCUGUUGCGGCGAGCCAAACCAUGGCGAUGAUCAACCGCCUCCAGGAAGAGAAGGCCGCGAUGCAAAUGGAGGCCUUGCAGUAUCAGAGAAUGAUGGAAGAGCAAUCCGAGUACGAUCAAGAAGCAUUGCAGCUUCUGAACGAUCUUAUGGUGAAGCGAGAAAAGGAGAAGGAGCAAUUGGAACAGGAGCUCGAGAUCUAUCGCCAGAAGGUCGAGGAGUACAAGGCCAAGGAACAUAUGAUGAUUGUGAGAAGACACCGAACUUCAUCUGCAUCUUGUAGCAAUUCUGAGGACGGUGACGGGUUAUCAGUCGAUUUGAAUGGUGAGGCGAAGGAGGAGGAUGGCCUUUAUGGUGACCGAGAUGGAAGCCAUGAGAAGACCCCAAGUGAUGCAGUUGUGUAUCUGGACGAGUCAUUGGAGGACUUUGAGGAAGAGAGGUUGUACAUUCUAGAGCAGCUCAAGGCUUUGGAAGAGAAGCUUUUCGGCAUAAGCUAUGAAGAAGGACAACGUUUUGAGGACGUGAAGCCAAUGAUUGGUCAUUCCUACAAGGAAAACGGCAAUGGCCACAGCGAUAACUUGUCGAAUGGCGAAGCUAAUGGGAAUGGAAAUGGACAUUCCAAAAUGAAUGGAAAUCACCAGGAACACAGGGGACUCGGGGGCCCUAAGGCGAAGAGGCUGCUUCCUCUUUUUGAUGCGGUUGGUGCAGAAACAGAAUUAGAUGGUGAGCUGUGCGGGGACGGACACCGAGCGGAGGACAAGAGGCUUGCGAUCGAGGAAGAAGUAGACCAUGUAUAUGAGAGAUUGCAGGCUCUUGAAGCUGACAGGGAGUUCCUAAAGCAUUGCAUUAACUCAUUGAGGAAGGGCGAUAAAGGAUUGCAUCUUCUCCAAGAGAUCUUGCAACAUCUUCGCGAUUUAAGGACCGUCGAGCACCGAGUUAGGGACAUGACCGACGGCCUAAUGCAGUGAAAUUUGUUGCCGAUGCUGCAACGUAGAAGUCAAGAUUAUGCUAUUGGAGUCCAUCAGCCGCAAAAAAAUCUAAGCAAAAUACCAGCGGCCCAGCAGCAUUCGGGCAACACCGGACACCGCGGUGAAGUACAUUUCAUGAACAAAUUUUAAGGGAUGCACCUUCAGGGAGAGGGAGGCCCCUGGUCCUGGUCUAUUUGGUCUCAUCUUGGUGGACAAUGAGGAAAGAGUCUACCUUCAUGUUUUUGACUUUCUUUUUUGUUCUUACUAAAAGCCCGAGUUUUAUUUUCUGGGUUAUGCCUACCAACACUUUUUGUGCAAAAGGGUGAUGGUGGGUGUUAUGUGCAUGUAGGCUAGUGUGGGGGAUGAAACACCCUGUCAUUUGGAGUUCUUUUUUCUUCUUCUUCUUCUUCUCUGCUGUCCUUUUUUGUUGUAAUGUUAUAGAUCUGUCAUUUGGAGGUUGUGAGAGUAGGCGUGGCUUGCAUAGCUGGAGAGAUCCAACCAAGAUUCCAGUGCCAGUUAGGAAGUUGUAGAAAUAGGACACUCUUCUUUGGUUCAUUCCUUUAUGGCCUUCAUCUGUUGGGAAGCUAGGGGAAAAGUAAAAUCAUCCCCCUAUCUUCUCAUCAUUGCAUCAGUUCCAUCACAUGAGGGGUUGGUUUUUUAAUUAUUCUGAGGAGCUUAUGAAGUUGACUCUACUUGUGUACCGCUGUGUACUCAUAUCAUCUGUAAGUAUGUAAUGGUGUGUGUGUUUUUUUCCUUUUGUUUUUUACUGUCUUGGAGUCUACCUACUUGUCUUGUAUAUUCUUCGGUUGUAAGUUUCUGAGGACAUGAAGACUCAUCCAAAAAGAUUAUCAUUAAUUAUUCAGAGGAAGCAAGCAUUGCUGUCUGUCAA